UGGAUUGAAACACACAUAUAAAAUCAAUCAGGAAGUCCUUAAGACACACACCGAUAAAUGGGCCGUACAUAAGAGGAUUAUCGCAGUGAUGCACAAUUCAAUCACUCGCACCAGUGUAUGAUGCAUGCGCACACAUAUACACACGCACGCUGCAACACACAAAAACUGGGAUUUGUUUUGGAAAAGAAGCGUGAUAAAAUGGCGGAUUAUGAUGUCAUCGUGCUCGGGACUGGACUCAAGGAGUGUGUCCUCUCAACGCUGUUGUCGCUGCAUGGGCAGAGAAUUCUCCACAUUGAUGGGAAUAAUUAUUAUGGAGGAGAAAGUGCAUCUGUUUCGCCUCUGGAAGAGCUGUACAGGAGAUUUAAAUUACCGGAUGAUAAUAAAUGUUUGGGCCAAGGAAGAGAGUGGAACGUGGACCUGGCGCCCAAAUUCUUUCUUGCUAAUGAGGAGCUGGUGAAGAUCUUGAUGCACACGGAGGUCACUCGCUACGUGGACUUCAGAGUUGUGGAAGGGAGCUACGUUUACAAGGCUGGGAAGCUUCACAAAACCCCAGCCACAGAGGAGGAGGCUCUGACCUCAGAUCUGAUGGGCAUGUUCGACAAGAGAAGGUUCCGGAAAUUGCUCCAUUUUGCGCAGAACUUUGACAGGAAGAGGCCGAUCACGUUUCAGGACAUGGAUCCAGAGAAAACGACCACCCGAGAACUCUUCACUCAUUUUGACCUGGGGCCGGACGUGCUGGAGUUCACGGGUCAUGCUAUAGCCUUGCACCGACGUGAGAGUUACGUGGAGCAGCCCUACACGGAGACCAUCGAAAGAAUCAAACUGUACUGUGAAUCUUUGGCCCGGCACAAUUCCAGUCCUUAUCUGUACCCAGUUUAUGGUCUGGCGGAGCUGCCACAUGGAUUUGCCAGAUUAAGUGCUGAAUUCGGCACCAGCUUCCUUUUGAACAAACCCGUCGACGAGAUUGUGAUGGAGAACGGCAAAGUGAAAGCAGUGAAAUCUGAAGGGAAGAUGUUUCAGUGUAAACAGCUGAUCUGUGAGCCCAGCUACGUCGCCAGCCGAGUUAAGAGAGAGGGCCGCGUCAUACGGGUCAUCUGUCUCCUCAACCAUCCCGUUAAAAACACCCAUGAGGCCAACUCCUGUCAAAUCAUCAUCCCUCAGACUCAACUCAGGAACAGGAAGUCAGACAUCUUCAUUUCUGUAGUGUCGCACCUCCACAACGUGUCCUCGGAUGGGAUGUACAUCGCUACAGUCAGCACCAAAAUAGAAACCAACAACCCAGAGAAGGAAGUGCAGCCAGGUUUGGAGCUUCUGGAGCCCAUCAUACAAAAAUUUGUCAAAGUGAGUCACUUGCUGGCACCGACAGAUGACGGGAGGAAGAGCCAGGUGACAGCAUUCUUCCAAGGUUUAUUCAAACGACAGUAUAGAAAAGGAAUCACAAGCGCCUUCUUUCUUUCUAGAUGUUUGUCUCCCGCUCUUUUGAUGAAACGGACCAUUUUGGGAGCGAGUAUGAAGACAUCAAGGACAUGUACAGGCGCAUCACCGGCUCUGAUAUCAGCAGUAUUUGGUCGCAGCGGAACCAGUCAACCAGUUCUGAAGAGGGCUCGGACCGAUCCUAAAACUGAGCCACGCAUGUGUGUUGUUUAGCCAAAAUGGAUGUGACUCAUACAAGAAAAUGGUAUCAGGUUUUUAUUGAGCAACUGUUGGCUGUGCCAAAAUGAGAAAUACUGUAAUAAAUACCAUCCGAAAUAACAGAAGACACACAGCCAUUCAAGUGAAGUCCACAACCCUCUGAAAGCUAAAAUAUCUGUUGGCCCUAUGGCGAGGUGAAGAUUAGAGAUGGACAUGGAGGAUUUGGGGAUUCUUUAUAUGGAGCUUGAGUGUAUUAUGACAUAUGUCCUCGCACAGACGGACGGACACACAGACUAAAGAGGCUUAUCUAAAUGAAGGACACUCACUCCAGCCACCUCAGGCUGAAAGCUGCAGGGCAUUUCCAACACACUUUCUGGUGCUUAUCCACUCUCCUUUGUCUAUGUGACAUCAGCCAUUGUCUUGUUUGCACUGUGGAGGAUUAAACCAUUAAAUCCCUGAAUAGGAUUCAUCUUUCAGGUCAUCAUUCAACACAAAAUAUUCACAAUAUAUACAAAAAACAUUAGAUCAUGCUGAUCCCAAAAACUGUCACCCUGUUGUGCGCUUGCCCAAGAUCUCAGCAGAUCACAUGGGUGACGUGGGGGAACCUUUUUUAAAAUGUCCACCAUGAUUUGCAGUCUUCUACUCCUCCGUCAGCUCCAGGGCUGAGCUCACCGCAGGGGGAAUGAGGGCAGCGGCUGCUAUCCUUCGUUCACUAAUCAGGAAGUUGAACGUUGCACAUGCAUUUGGCUUAAAAACAAAUAAGAGCUCAGUCAGUUAGACGACAACACAAUGAGAGCGUCAGAGAUCUGAGGUGGUGUUACCGUGUCCUGCACCUCCACUGCGAUGCCUUUCUUUUUCAGAAGAGCCAGGACUGGUGGCUUGAUCCGCUCCAGCUUGGCACCGGUGCCCAUCACCAGGAUCUCUGUGGCC